AGUGGAUAAAGGAUCUUACUACAGCAUGCACCGUGCACAGUUCCGUGCACAGUUCCGUGCAGGAGUGAAAGUGAAACUAAACGCGUGCAGCUCGAGGUAACUGUUGGCAACAGUGGGAAGUUUGUAGUGGUUGAAAAGUGGCGCGUUAGCUUAGCUGUGAUGUUAGCUUAGCUGUGAUGUUAGCGAGGCGUCAUGUCUGCAGCAGACUCCCGGGAGGGAAGCAAGACGCUGGUUGUGUCCGGUGUGCCCGACGUGCCCGACGUGCUGUCCGUCAGCAGGAUGCGAGACAAGCUGACUAUUCAUUUCCAGAGCUGCAGACGGAGUCACGGAGGAGACGUGGCGGUCGUCGAAUAUCCCACCAAAAUGGACGGGGUCGCUUUUGUCACUUUUGACAAAGCUGAAGAUGCAGAGAGGGCGGUGCGAAAGGAGCAACAGAUCAUGAUGGACAGCGAGUUUCCUGAAGACUACCUGCUCACUGUGUUCCCCUUCACUCGUGAUGUGUUUUUAUACGUCCCCAGCGCUUUGGUCAAUCUCUCCGUAUUCGGCAGAGAUCAGUCGUCGCUGAUUCAGAGUCUGCAGUCAGCUCACAGGUCGCUACGUUUCCGGCCUGCCCUCCAUCAGAUGACAGCCACCAUUGAAGGUCCUUUCACUGCCGUCCAGGCUCUGAGACAGGACCUCAUCCGCAUGGCCGACCAGCUUAAAUCCCCGGCCUCAGCCCAAACAGCUGCUGUCAAACUGAGAGAAACUCCUCCUAAUCCGAGGCUAAUAUCUCCUCACGAGAAUGUCGGCUCUGUAAGCCGCGGCGGUGCUAAAGCUAAGCUGAGACCAGCGAGCUCUUCCUUAUCACCGCCGCCGCAGACCACAGGUGAGGCGUCUGAAGUCCAAAGCCUGCUCUCAAAUGCAAAAACUCAUUCCUUGAGGCGGAAAGUUUCCCGUAAAGCUGUGGGGACACACGGUGAUGAAGAGGAGGAUCAGAGAGAUCGCUCCCGGCUCGACAUGCCCACAGAAUACAGGACAGAGCGAGCAGAGGCCAACCCAAGACAAGCGCUCAAUGCAGGGGUUAGAUCUUCCUUAUCAGGCCUGGACCUGCUCUUGGGAGAGGAAAUAUCAGCAAAACAGCCAGGAGUGGACGACAUUUCACAAACACACAGCAGACUGGACAGGAUUUCAGCAACCAAGAUCGGAGGAGAGAAUCGGACGGGCUACAGCGGUGCUGACUAUCUGAAGGAAUCAGGUCAGAGCAGCUCUGCUAAGAUCCUCCAGUCCGGACUCAAACAUGUCCCAACGUCCGAUAUCGAGGAUACAGCAGAUCCGUCUGCAAUCUGUCCCGAGGAUCAGGAGGAUACGUGCAUCUGGGUCGAAACUGACAUAUUCAGGUACAUUGAAAAGUUUGACAAGAAGGAGUUGGACCGACGCUUGAGAGGUCUUGAUGUAACUGUUAAACGCGAAGGUUCUGACCUCACACAGAUAUUGUUGACCGAGAAACAAACCUCAAAGACGACCCCGAUGAUCCAGCAGGCGUUGAAAAACCUCAAGAGUUUGGUGGAGUUCUGGCACUCGAUGUUAGUAGUUCAUCAGAUCGACUAUAACGAGGAGGACAAACAGAAACUGAUUCAAAUCUGCGAUGAUGAGAAUAUCGGGUACUCUAACAUUCUAUACGUGUUGGAGGAUUCUUGCGUAAAAGUCAUCAGCUACUCAACAUCUAGUCACAUGUUCUGUAAGAGUGUGAAGGAUAGUCUUGCUAAACUCAAAGAUGCUCGGAGAAUGUAAUGGAUGCAGCAAAAAUACAUGGGCGUAGUUUUAUCAAUGACCACACGGUGGUGCUGUUGUGCUGCAUGUUGCAUUCACACAACCUGCUCCUGUAGUUGUCUGAAUGUCGACCUUAAGUUUAGGUACAUUACAUUGGUAUUUUCCUGCAUAAUAAUUAGAACUGUAUACAUUAAUGGUACUGUGUGUAUAUAACAUAUCUGCCUCCAUUACUCAGAAAACUCACUUUAAUGCUCUUAUUAAAUGAAAGAAUCCAGUGCUUUUGCUUCCCUCCGGGUUAAUAAUUAGGCUUUUAGCAAGUCUUAAUCCAAACCAUGUUUUCACAGCAGUAGGGAUAAAUCUUAAUUAACCUCCUCACAUUUUAAUCACAAAAGAUUGGCUUCUAAUUACAUAAAAAAUGACAACCUGUCUCACAUAAUCACAUCUUCCUAUUCUCUUGUCAACAAAUUAUAUAAUUAUGUUAUCCUUGUAUUGGUAAUAAAUUAUUUUCUUUGAGGCGCAGAGAAAAUAAAAGUGUUUCUGUUCAAAGCGAGACACUACCUCAGUUUUCCUGCACUGGUUAAUUUUAAGAUUUUGGGCUAAUACACAUUUAGGUGUUUAUUUUUCUAACUUUGUCUAUUUGUAUCUGUGAAUUUCCCCUUACACACCAAACCUUCCCGUUUCAUUCCUGUCUGUGUUCUGAAGGUUUUCACUGAGAGCUUUGUUCUGAUAUCAUUCACAGCCUGAUUUAUAGAUUAAUGAUUUAUUUUUUAUUUUUUUAUGGAUGUUGACAGUAUUUUCUGAUUUGUGGAGUGAAACAAAUAAAUGUAAAGUUGUUAAAAAUGUAAA